AUGGCAGAACAUAGUAAUGGACAAAUUCCUUUGCAUAUAGCAAUAGCAAAUCGUCGUAUUUGUCAUGUCAAAACUUUACUUUCUUUACGAACACCGCUUAAUUCACCAGAUCGAAGUGGUAAAACACCAGCAAUGCAAGCAUUAGAAUGUAGUAGUGAUUACGACUUUUUAAAGUUGUUAUUAUCUUUUGGUGCAUCAUUUACUCAAUUGUCAGAUAAAGUCUAUAAAGACAAAGAGAAAUAUAAAAAACAAUUGAGAAUUAUUUCUGAACAUGAGAGUCGAAUUCGGCGUGCAUUUAAUUCUGCCAGAACAAACGUUACAAUGGAAAUGACGUUAAGAAAUGUUUCUCAAGUUUUUGUGAGUCCUUUACACGAAGGAGAAAUGAUACAGAACUUUACACUAAAUACACAACCACAAUUACCUGAUACAAAUCAUGCUUAUGUAUUGUUUGUUGCUGUUGCAGAAUUUCAGUGUGACGAUACAGAUAAAGAACUUUGUUGCACAGUCAAUGCCCGAAUGUGGGGUCGAAGUCCAGUUAUCAGUGCUAGUAUGAACGAUAAGGAGUGCGUGCAACUCAAAUCAGGGAAUAACUUUGCUUUUUUGUGUGUUCCGUGUCGUGAUAGAAAUGUUAUACGAAUGAAGUUUGAUCCGGCAUUGGUUGACUUUUCAGAUUUAAUGGUUUUGGUUCAGAUGGUUUUAGUUCAAAUGCAUAACCGUCCAGCGAAUCAUUCCCGACUAAUUCACUGA